AUGCCACGAAGGACGGCCGGCGGCUGCCUCGACAACUUCCGGAAGUUGAGCACCUUGCACACGACUUACCUCAAAUAUGUCGGCUUAUGGGCUCCCGACUCGCACUCGUCCGCAUUGUCGAGAUGCAUGUACUUCGUGUACAACAAAGCUAUCUUAACGAUCAUGUUCCUCUUCUCGAUUACUUUGUUCGCCGACAUUUGCUCGAGCUUCGACGACCUCUCGAUCGUCACCGACGACGGUUGCGUCUUCGCCGGGAUCACCGUCGUGCUCUUCAAAGUGAUGAUCUUUCAGUUUCGCCGUGAGAAGAUCGCACGACUGCUCCGCGAGACCAUCAACAGUUGCCGCCGACUUUGCGAGUUUCCCACUGGCGACGAAGACGAGAUCUUGGCCAAGUACCUGCUGAUCUGCCGCGCGAGUUUCUACGGAUUCGGCACACUGGGCUUCUUCCUGGUGGUCGCCCUGCUGUUCCUCGCACCGGUGGAGGAGGGCGGGCUGCCGAUCAGGGCGCGGUAUCCUUUCGACACGAGCAGCCAACCGGGGCAUGGAGUCGGCUACUUCGUGGAGGCCUGCAGCGUCUCCGUCGGCAUUACCGCCAUCAUCGGGAUAGACAGUCUGCUUACCAACUUGAGCAACCUGUUUCUCGUGCAACUCAAGAUCCUGAACGUGCAUUUUAGGAAGUGCGGCGGCCGACACGACGCGCGAGAUCAUCUAGGCGGAGAUUCUCGCAGUGCGAUAUCCCCGACCGCCGGCUUCGGAAAAGAUAAUUACGACCCGGACGCGAUUCACGGCGGCGGUUUCGCCGUGCGACUGCGGAGGUCCGUCCGCGGUCAUCAACGUCUGCUCGCCAUAAUGGACGACUUCAACGAGGUGUUCAGCGCCGGCAUGUUCGUUCAGAUGCUCUCGAGCACCUCGAUGAUUUGCCUAACCGGCUUCCAAGCCACUUUGGUCAUAGGCCACAGCUCUAACACCUGCAAGUUCGCGAUUUAUCUGGCGGCCGCCUUAUCGCAGCUCUUCUAUUUCUGCUUGAUAGGCAACGAGGUGAUACACCAGAGCGCGUGUCUGACGCAGAGCCAGUGGCUGUCGGAAUGGGACGAGAAGCUUACCGCGAAGACCGGUCGUUUGCUAAUCUUGUCCAUGUUAUUUUCAAGAAGAACGUUGAAUCUGAAGGCAGGUGUGUUCUACUCGCUGUCCAUGGAGACGUUCACCGCGAUCAUACGGGGCUCGUACUCCUUCUUCGCUCUGCUGAACACCAUACAGUCGGAAGGCGACCAGUGA